AACAAGUUGUGGGACAUAGUGAGUUGUAAAUAGACGGCGCUGAGACCCUGCGGAACCAAAGUGACCUGCCAAGCAACCGAGAACGAGUGACGACGACGUGCUAACGAGUUAGCCGGAUAGCUACCGCUAUCUGGUGUGUGCGCGGUGGAGGCGAUUUAUAUAUGAUAUAGAGUAAUAAUCCAGAAUAUAUUGCAUUUUAUUUUAGGUUAGCCACCCAGGUAAUUUAAUAAUGCCCAGCAAAAAGAAGAAAUACAACGCCAGAUUCCCUCCGGCAAGGAUUAAGAAGAUUAUGCAGACAGAUGAAGAAAUAGGCAAAGUGGCUGCAGCAGUACCUGUUAUUAUUUCGAGAGCCCUGGAGCUUUUCUUGGAAUCAUUGCUUACGAAGGCUUGUCAAGUCACCCAGUCUAGGAACGCAAAGACGAUGACGACGUCACAUUUAAAGCAGUGUAUCGAGCUGGAGCAACAGUUUGAUUUCUUAAAAGACCUGGUGGCAACGGUGCCAGACAUGCAGGGCGAGGGAGAGGAGAACCACACCGAGGGGGGAGGAGAAAAAGUCCCACGCAGGGGUCGAAAACCAGGGUCUGGCCGCAAGAAUGGUGGAGCUGGUUCUAAAGGCAAAGACAAGAAGCUGUCUGGCACAGAGUCGGAACAAGAGGACGACACGGAGGACAGCGAGACAGACGGCGACGAGGAGGACGGCUCUCAGUCAAGCACAAAUCAGCAGGCCGCAUCCAGGUUUCACAGCCCUAACCCACCCCCCAACUACAUGCAGAUGGGCAACAUGGUUUCAAUGGGCAGCAUGGCCCCAGCACAGCCCCAGAGCGGCAUGGCCUUCGUCCCCCACCCCUCCAUGAUGAGCGCCGCACCGCCUCCCCCACCGCCCGCGACGCACAAAACCGAGGACGACGACGAUGAAGAUUAUGACUCUUAGCUCCCUUCUGCCGUCUACCCCACCCCCCCUCCCAUCCCCUACCCCCCCUCACACGCACGCACUCACACACAAACACACACACACACGGUCUCUCUUUCAACGUUCUUUUUCGAUUUCUUAAGUUGCUCUCACGGCGGCCGCUCUCAGCAAAGGAGGGAAGGACUCUUCAUCGCAGCCCGCUGACAGAAAAGCGCUCGACAGCUGGCUGUGAGAGACGCCGCCACCGGGGAGACAGGAAGCUGGUUGUAUAUUAUGUGUUUUAAUUUUCAGUUUUUUUUAAGAGGAAAAAAAAGGUUUUAUUUUAUUGUAGAGGAGAAUCCAACCAGGAUGUUUUUUAACAAGUAAGUUGUUCAGUUUUUGAAAAUGGCAGUCGUCACUGUUUUUCUUUCUUUUUUUUUUUUAUGUCUUCCCAUGAAGCCCCCCCACC